AUGAGUCGAUUAGCCGGGUGGUUCCGCUCCAGCGCAAAGCCCGACGAUGCCAGCGCCACGGGCAGCGACAGCGACUCCUCGCGCGACAACGUCGCCAAGGAGAUGGAGGACAUUGACGACGCCAUGAACUCGUCCGGGCUCAUCAUGAAUGACGACAUCGACGGCGCCUGGGAGAAGCUGCAGACGGGCGACUCGUCCUUCCACCAGCUGGGCCUGGCCGUCACCAUCUUCAUGCGCUCGGUGCUGGGCUUCGAGAAGGAGGUCAUGGCCGAGACCACGGCCAAGCUGGACGAGUGCGAGGCCCGCGCCUGGAACGACUACAAGAAGGCUCAGAGGCACGGCAAGGCCCGCGCCGGGAGCAAGCUCUAUCCGCCGGGGACCGAGUAUGAGCUUGUACGCGCCGAGACGCAGCUCAUGGGCGCCGUUGUGGGCGUGCUACACGAGAGUUUGAUCGAGGCCAUGAAGGGCUUUUACAAGUUGAGAAAGGCCUUUCUCACGCUCGAUGCAAUUACCGCCGCCGAAGAGAAGGCGUUGAAGGAAAUGAAUGACAGCCAGUUCGAUCUCGUAUCGAAGAUUAUUGAUGAAAAUUCCGGAGAUUCCAGCGACUCCUCAGGAGUCCAGACACCCUCCAACCCGACUGAUUCCUCCACUACCGUCACUUCGCCAGAAGGGACCGUCGAUGGCGAAAAGACCGCCAACGAGGCUCUCCUCCAGGCCAAGUCAAAGCCCGUCACGUCUGACACGAUGGUCCUCGACAACCCGCUGGAUAUUUUCGUGCACUCUGGCGCCAACAUGUGCUUCGGCAUCCUCCUCCUCCUCUUGACUCUUGUACCGCCCGCCUUUUCUCGAAUCCUCUCUAUUGUUGGAUUCAGCGGAGAUCGCGAACGGGGUGUGCGUAUGCUCUGGCGCUCAAUUGCCUACAACAACGUGAACGGAGCGAUUGCGGCAAUGGCUCUCCUGGCGUACUACAACGGCAUGCUGGGAGUGGUGGAUAUUCUGCCCGACGAAAAGGACUACGACGAGCACGCGGAUGUGGUUGGCCCUCCCAGGAAGAAGUGCGACCAGCUGCUGGCGACCAUGCGACAGCGGUAUCCCAACUCGAGGCUCUGGCGCGUGGAGGAGGCCAGACAGUAUGCGAACGAGCAGCAGCUUCCCAAGGCUGUCGAGCUCCUGACGACGGGCGAAGAGUCCAAGAUGAAGCAGGUGGCCGCCGUUAACAACUUCGAGCUGUCCAUUAGCUACAUGUUUGUCCAGAACUGGGACGGCAUGCGCGACGCCUUCCUGCGGUGCCUCGAGGUCAACGACUGGAGCCCGGCCUUGUACUACUACAUGGCUGGAUCCGCAUCCCUGGAGCUGUACCGCGACGCCGUGCACAGCGGAGACGAAGACGAGGCGCGCAGGCAAAAGGUCAAGGCGCACGAGUUCUUCCGCAAGGCCCCGUCGGUCGUCGGAAAGAAGAAGUUCAUGGCGCGACAGCUGCCCAUCGAUACAUAUGUCCACCGCAAGAUUCAGAAGUGGGAGGAGCGAGCCAAGGCCGCCGGGGUUGACCUGGCCGAUGCCAUCGGUCCCAGCCCGGCUCUGGAGAUGGCGUAUCUGUGGAACGGACCCAAGCGGAUGGGCCCUGUCGAGCUGGAGCGCGCCAUGGCUAACCUCAAGUGGGAGCGGUGUACUGCCAAGGAGGAGGUUUUGGAGGCGAUCAAGAAUGAGGUCGACGAGAUGGGCAUCUGGGCGCUUCUGAAUGGGACCUUAUUGAAGAGAUUGGGCAAGUAUGACGAGGCGCGAGCCGUCCUGCAAGAGCACAUCCUGAAGCAAGACAGGUACACCUUCAAGGGACCUACGAAGGACGACUACGUCCCGCCCGCCGCAAACUACGAGCUGGCUUCCAUCGCGUGGGCCGAGUGCUGCAACCCCCCCGAGGGCACAGUCGAGGAGAUUGCCGAGUACCGCCGCCAGAAGUUCGACGACUGCCAGAAGCAACUCGACAUCGUCAAGACCUGGGAGGUGUACCUCAUGGAUGCCAGGAUCGGAAUGCGGGUGCAGAGCGGGCUGGAGACGCUCGCGUGGUUCAAGAGGAAGAUGGCGUACAACUAA